AUGGUCACCGUGAGGAACGUGGUUUCUCAAGUAUAUUGCGGGCUUAAACUUGCUCCAGCCAAGAAAGAAAGGGCAUACUUUGAAAUGGCACGACCCAGUUCAAAUAUGACUGAAUUUCGAGAAAUAUUUGCUAAAGCAAAACAUAUAGCUAUUAUCACAGGGGCUGGAAUCAGUGCAGAGAGCGGUGUUCCAACUUUCCGAGGUGCAGGAAGCUUUUGGAGGAAAUGGCCUGCACAAGAACUGGCUACCCCAGAAGCUUUUGCACGGAAUCCCUCUAGGGUGUGGGAAUUCUAUCAUUACCGCAGAGAAUUAAUGAUGACCAAACAACCAAACCCCGCACACCUUGCCAUAGCAGAGUGUGAGGCUAAGAUAAGCAAGCAAGGCAGGAGUGUUGCAAUCAUCACACAAAACAUCGAUGAACUCCACAAAAGAGCAGGAUCAAAGCAUGUUUUAGAAAUUCAUGGUAGCUUAUUCAAAACCCGAUGCACCAGUUGUAGAAACGUUGUGGAGAAUUACAACAGUCCAAUCUGUCCUGCUUUAGCUGGAAAAGGUGCUCCAGAUCCUGAAACUGAAGAAGCUACUAUUCCUGUGGGAGAUCUCCCUCGAUGCGAACUGUGCAAUGGCCUCUUGCGACCUCAUGUUGUAUGGUUUGGAGAAACUUUGGAUUCUAAUAUCCUUACAGAGGUUGAAAAAGAACUUGAGAUAUGUGAUCUUUGUUUGGUGAUUGGAACUUCUUCUGUAGUAUAUCCUGCUGCUAUGUUUGCUCCUCAGGUAUCUGCCAGGGGAGUGCCAGUUGCAGAAUUCAACAUGCAGAGCACUCCAGCAACGGAUAAAUUCAGAUUCCAUUUCCCGGGUCCCUCUGGUACUACGCUGCCCCCAGCCCUUGCCUGUAAAGAAACUGAGAUGACCUCUUGAAUG